AUGGUAUGCGUUGCCGUUUCAAGUCUCUUGGGCAGUGGGCGCAACAAGCCUGAUGCCGAUAAAAGGAAAAGAACAUUCGAGCAGGCCAUCGCCGCCAAUCGUGUCCCCCCUUUUCCUGCUUGUUCCUCCUCCUCCUCCUUGGAUUUCUUCUUCUUCCUGCACACCAAAUUACUCAUGGCGCAUGAUUUCUCGCAUUCGCUCCUGCGGCCCGCCAAUCCCUAUCCUGUCGUGCUGUCGACGUCGCCCUCCGAGAAAAAGGAACAGCCAUCGCUCAUGACGCAGAGGUUGAAGAAUCUCUCCCGAGACAAUGACUUGCAAUCUCCCAUCUUUCUCAGCCUCGUUUCGACCCAGCAUCCCGGCUCCAGACAUCUUCAGCACACGCACCCUCUCCAAAGAAAUCCACGAUGCAACCCAUCACCUGGGCACCCGGAACUCACGGGAAGCCGCCUCCCCGUCAGCAGCCUAAAAGUCAGCCUCAGGGACCGAUUAACCUGUCCCGUCCAAGCUUCAUCGUGGCAACCAGAGGUGGUGGGUGUGUGCGCGUAA